AUGGGCGAGCGUCUGGUCGUCGUGUCGAACCGGCUCCCGGUGACCAUCCAGCAGGAUGACUCAGUGCCUGGGGGAUAUGUGUUUCAUCACUCGGCGGGGGGCCUCGUAUCUGCCCUCAAGGGCAUCAAGGCCACGAUGGACUUUACGUGGAUCGGGUGGCCCGGGCUCAGUGUGCCUCAGAACCGGGUAGCCUACAUUGAAGAGACGCUCGCGACGCAGUACCGCUGCAAGCCUGUGUGGAUCCCUGACGAGCUGGCAGAGCACCACUACAACGGGUUCUCCAACUCGAUUCUGUGGCCGCUCUUCCACUACCACCCUGGCGAGAUGAACUUUGACGAGGACAAUUGGCGAGCCUACCGCGAGGCGAAUCUGCGCUUUGCCGAGGUACUGUACACGGUUGUGCGCCCUGGAGACCGCGUAUGGGUACAGGACUACCACUUGAUGCUGCUGCCACUCAUGCUCACGGCGAUACUCGAGGCCGGCGACAUUGACCGCCUCGUGCCUCCAGCGUGCUCGAACAUCGAGGUGGGUAACGCCCCGAUCCAGGACGAGCGCACAUCCGGCUCGAUGUUUGUGCGGCCGAAUGCGCAGCGCGGCAGCCUGCGCCGCAGCGAUAUCCAGCUCGGCUUCUUCCUGCACACGCCGUUCCCCAGCAGCGAAGUGUACCGCAUUCUGCCGGUGCGUCGCGAGAUUUUGCUGGGUAUCUUGUACUGCGACCUCGUCGGCUUCCACACCUACGACUACGUGCGCCACUUUCUCUCAUCGUGCGCACGCAUCCUCGGCCUGCCGACCUUCCCGAAUGGCACCGACUUUGGCGGUCGCCGCGUCCAGGUCCGCACAUACCCCAUCGGCAUUGACCCCAUGAAGUUUGAGCUUACGCUGGCGUUGCCAAGCGUUCAGCAGCGCAUAGGCACGCUCGAGCGCCGCUUUGCUGGCGUGAAGAUCAUUGUCGGUAUCGACCGACUCGACUAUAUCAAGGGCAUGCCGCAGAAGCUGCAGGGUAUGGAGACGUUCCUCGAGGAGCAUCCAGAGUGGAUUGGCAAGGCCAUGCUCGUGCAGAUUGCUGUGCCUUCGCGUGAGGACGUCGAGGAGUACCAAAACCUGCGCUCCACCGUCAACGAGGCGGUCGGUCGCAUCAACGGCCGCUUCGGCACGGUGGAGAGCAUGCCGAUCCACCUUCUGCACCGCUCCGUGGACUUUAAUGAGCUGUGCGCCCUAUACGCGGUGAGCGACGUGUGCCUCGUUACGAGCACGCGCGACGGUAUGAACCUCGUCUCGUACGAGUACAUCGCGUGCCAGCAGCAACGCAAUGGUGUGAUGAUACUCUCCGAGUUUGCAGGCGCCGCGCAAUCCCUCAAUGGGUCCCUCAUCGUCAACCCAUGGGACCGCUUCGCUGUCGCGGAUGCCAUCCACACCGCCCUUACGAUGGAUGCCGAGACGCGCAAAGCUAACUCAGAGAAACUACUCCGAUACGUCAAGAAGCACACUGCGACGUGGUGGGGGCACAGCUUCAUCGAAGAGUACGUAUGA